UUUGUAGUAACACCCUUUCAAAAUGAUUUCCAAAACAGACACAACUUGCAAAAUAUUUUAAUUUCAAGACUACAAAUCAUCUCCCGAGAUGAUUGUUUAAAUUGCUGCCGAAUGCUUACAACCAACACCGGUCCCGAUGGUAAUAGAUAACGGCUAUUUUCAAAGGAGGGCCGGUUGAGCAUGCAAAGGGGACUAACUACAGUAGGCGCUCCACGGCUUCUGUUCAAAUCCUUGGCGGCGAGGAACAGAGGGACAGCGCGCAGUGAAUCCCAAAUCCGUAAUGACAUCUCCAACCUCGAGCCCUUGCGAUGGCUCAUAAAAAGCUGGUUCGACCGAAAUGUGGUUGUAAACUUCGAGAUACAGGAGCUGAUGUUUUUUAGCCACCUCGGAGAUGGCGCGGAUGGCAGUGAAGAACAUCCGAUAGUUCUCACCGAGGCGCCCUGCAACCCGCUGCACAGUCGCCAGAUGAUGCUGGAUGCAUGUGAACGUGGGCAGGAGCCAGGUGGUGUCCUACUUCCAGCGUCUGCUCCAGCUGAAGUACACUGGUCACCUGGCGGCCGUCACCCUCUGCCUCAUAGAGAGCUGCUCCACAAACACAGCUACACAGCCAAUAACUACCACCAAGAGCUGGACCCUUCUCUGCCAAGGUUCUGGGCGGCGUGGUGAUUGUGGAGGAGAUGCAGGAGAGACGUGCCCAGCAGCUGCGCAGGCUACAGGAAAUAAACGCCUGGCGCAGGGAGGAGAUGCUGCAGCAGGACCAAGAGCGUCUGGAUAAACUAUUGGCCCUGCAGGCAAGAACCAUUAUCUUUUAACCACUUCGUCAACCAUGACCCUUAACUGCUGUGCAAUUCCACGGUCUUGGAAUUACGCAGAGAGUCCAAUUUCUCACUUAAAAUGUACACCAAACAAAAAACAUUGAAUCCAAAGUUUACUAAACCGUACAACCCUAUGCACAAGGACUAUGUUUAACAAUUUACACUGAACAUUUUACAAAAACACAUUCACUGGAUAAACUAUGCAGAUGCAAAGUUUGGUAACAGAAUUUCGUUAAAAUAUCCCUCCGUUUUUUUAAUGUAUCCGCGUUUUCCAAAAGCUCUUACAUAUCCACUCCAACUUAGGAUUCAAUACUUCCUGAGGAAAGAAUGGGGUGUCAGCUAUGGCAUGACACAAUGACUUUGAAAUAAUAUCUGUUGGUAAGUGAGGUGGACCUGGUAAUGGAAUUGCAGUAUCACGGGUCCCUGAUCUGUACUCCACAGAAAUGGACAUGAAUGUCAUUCUCUUCAUAGUGAUGUAUCCUGAAUAGGUACACAAAGGUAUAAAUAUGCAAUAUCCUAUUUUGCAUAUUUGGGUAUUAUUGUACACAAUGACCAUUAUUUUAAUGAGCUCUGUCCCAAAACAAAACCACAUUUGUUUGGUCAGGACCGGACAAAAUCUGUACUAAUAGCAGUCUGUUUCACAAUUUUGAACAUUAAAGUACAGCACAAUAGAGCUCAGUAGAGUAGAGUUCAGAACAUUAUACAACUGGGUGGGUCUAAUCCUGAAUGCUGAUUAGUUAAAAGCGCAUUUCAGCCGGUGUCUAUUCCACAAAUUACUACCGGCUAAAUCUAUGACGUCAAAAUGCCUAUUCAUUCUGUUCCAUCUGACUGCGCAAUCCACUGUCUCGGUAACCCAGACAGGGAAGUUAUAAACUUGAUCUCCACUAUAAAAAUAAUCGAGACAUUAUCUCAUAUUUUUGUAUAAGAUUUGUAUAAACCAGUCUGUCUCUCCGACAUUUGUAAUAAUUUGUGUAAUGGUCGAGAAUCAGGACGAGAGAGAGAGAGGCAGGCAGCGUUACUCAGCCAUUGGAAAUCAUGAAUCAGCUUUAUAUAUACAAAGAGAUCUCAAUUGGAAAAAGGUGAAACGAAGUGCAGCUAGUUUACAGUCUUUCCAGCUUCAGUUUGAAGUUAAUGUUAACUGUGUUUGUUGGCUAGCUCCUCUGAACAAGUGUCCUAAUGAGAGAGCACAUUUUCUAUGCCAAGCGAAAUCGUGCCUCAUUAGCUCAUUGUUAUGGAUGUAGCCAAAUUAAUGUCACUAGAAAACAGCUUAAUCAAAUGCAUCUCCUGUUGUUGUUUGGCGUGACUGUAAAUUAACAGUAGUUGGCUAGCAAGCAAGGGAUCAGAACGUUGCCAGUAUGGCAAUGGAACAUUUAGAAUGAAUGACUGGGUCGCGUCCAUA